CAAUGGCACUGCGUUUAUGAUAGAAUACAUUUUCUCUCUCUCAUCAUGACGGGGACAAGAAUGACGCUAGUUAAAAUGAGGAGGUCCUUUUAUCCUCGGUUUAGUGAUGAAGUCAUGAUUUUGCCAUUUGUUUUAGACUACUUUCAAUAAAUAAUGAAUAAUCGUGAUAUCAUACUCGUAUAUGUCUUAUAAAAUAUUGUUUCUUGUUUCGGGAUAAAAACCAGUUGAAUCUUUUUUUUUUAUUUUUGUUCACCACUGUUUGUUAUCCUAAUAAAUUAAAAUAAAAUAAAAUGAUGGAGAACAACAUGAAGACACAAGCACCACCACCUGCGUAUCAAAAUGGACAAUCAGAAUUACCCGGACAAACUUAUUACCAGCCUCCCCCACCACCUGAGGGAGGUUAUGCUCCACCACCGGGACCACCUCCUCCAGCAAAUAAUAUGGGACAAAAAUUCACACAGUUUUAUGCACCUCCACAGAACCGUAAAUUGGGUCUAAAGCGUCGACUAUGUUCGGCCAUUUGUUGCUGUAUUCUCAUUGGCUUGAUCAUCGGUCUUGCUUCGGGGUUGACCACGCGUAGACGUAACUAUGGCAACUAUGGAGGAAAUAAUAAUAACUGCAACUGGUAAAAAAAAAAUAUAAAAUAUUUAAUAACAGUCAUGUGUGUGUGUGUGUGUUUGUAAUCUCAUUUUCAUCUUGUUUAUUAGUCGAACCAAUGCAGAUUGCAUACGGAAUUUCGGUAAGUUUCUGUUCCCUUUUUUUUUGAACAUGGAUAUUAAGAUCAAAUGAAUAUUAUUUUAGGCAGCGGUACUUUUUGUUACUCUAGUUGUCAGUGUGCACGUAGAUAAAUGAAAAAAAGGGCUCCUCAAAAAGUGGCUACUCAUGAACUCAACAAAGAAGCAAGGGACCAUUUAUUGGAUGCAUAAUAGGGCCAUCUUUAUUGUCAGGAUAGCCUACUUAUUAAUCUAGGGUUAAAUUGGCAAAAAAUGUAAAAUAAAAAAAAAAUAAAAAAAUCUGUUUAAAAUAAUGAAAAUAAGAAAACGAAAAAAAAGUACUCCCUUUCACUUUCCUCC